GACCGCGCCGCCUCGAUCUGCCAGCCGACCGCCGCAGCCGCCGCCGGCAACUCGGAGUGCUUCGCAGGGACUGCUCAUCCCUGUACAAGAGACUCCGCGCUAAAGCAGCUGCCGACCGCUCAUUACAAGAACGACGACGCUCUGGGUGUCAUGAGGUCGAGCUGAGCCGCUGGCAGGUGGACGGGUUCCGCUACACUGCUACUGUGCUGACAGAUCGGCUGACAACCAUGUCGUCGCGCUCUAAGGAAAAGAUGGCGGCCGCGUUCCGGCGGCUGUUCCGCUCCUCCUCCGCAGCGGGGGCGGCCGCUGCUGGCGCCAGCGGCGGCGGCGGCAGCAACUCCAACUCUCCCGUGGCAGCCGCGAGGCGGCUCCUCAGCAGGCACGGCUACCACCACAGGGACGCGGUGACGCCGGCGGAAAGCGCCGAGGCCAGAGGCGGGGGCGGAGUGGCGGGGGCGGCGGCGCCGGUGCGGAAGUCGGCGCUGAGCCUGCUGCGGCCCAAGAAGAGCUCCGCCGCGGCUGCGGGGGCGGGCGCCGGAGCCGCCGCCGCGGGGCACUCGGCCGACAAGGGCGCCUGCGGCUCCCAGGCCGGCGCCAUCGCAGCCCACAAGACGGUGCGCGCGCGGCGGCUGAUGAAGGAGCUACGAGAGAUCCAGCGGCUGCAGGCGCAGCAGCGGCACGACCCGGUGUUCACGGUGGAGCUGGUCAACGACAACCUGUUCGAGUGGCACGUGCGGCUGUUCCGCGUGGACGCGGAGAGCGAGCUGGCGGGCGACAUGCGCGAGCUGGGCGUGCCCUGCAUCCUGCUGCACCUCGCCUUCCCCGACAACUUCCCGUUCGCGCCGCCCUUCAUGCGCGUCAUCUCGCCGCGCAUCGAGAAGGGCUUCGUCAUGGAGGGCGGCGCCAUCUGCAUGGAGCUGCUCACGCCGCGUGGCUGGGCGUCCGCCUACACCGUCGAAGCUGUCGUCAUGCAGUUCGCCGCCAGCAUAGUGAAGGGACAGGGGCGCAUCGCCAGGAAGCACAAGGGCAGCAAGGACUUCAGCCGGCGCUCGGCCGAGGAGUCGUUCCGCAGCCUGGUGAAGACGCACGACAAGUACGGCUGGGUGACGCCGCCGCUCGCCGACGGCUAG